AUGAUUCUGGCCAUCCAGUUCCUUGUCCAGCUCAAGUUCAGGUCCAUGCAGUCGGCCCUCCACAGCUCAGGCACAUGGCCUGGCGUGGUGACCCUGGCCAGCAUCUCUACCGUCUAUGCCUUCAUGGGCGUUUGCCUCAUCCAGCGCUUUGCGCCAAGCUGCGGCGGCUCCGGCAUCCCCGAGAACAAAGCCUUCCUCAACGGGGCAAUAAUGCCGGGCCUGUACAGCCGGCGAACGCUGGGAAUUCGAAUCUGCACAAAUAUUUUGGCAAAUGCUGCCGGCUUCCCUGUUGGGCGUGAGGGCCCCAUGGUGAGCAUCGGCAGCAACAUCUCCUUCCUCCUCUGUCGCCACUUCGUCCAGCCGUAUGUCCGCGAGUGGGUCGACGUCUCAGGGCCAGGCAGCGCACAGGCCCUGCUCGUCGAUGAGCAGCGGCUGGCACAUGCAACUCGAAUAUCAUGCACUGUGGGUGGAGCUUGCGCCAUUGCAUCCAUCUUCAAUGCUCCAUUUGGGGGCCUCCUCUACAUGUUCGAGGAGGUCACGUCCCUUGCUUGGCCACUGGAGCUGACCUUCCGGGUUUUUGUGGCCACCAUGUUCUGUUCGCUGCUUUCUUACGGCCUCUGCAACCUUGUGGGCUCUGACAUUACAGAGUUCGUGAUCUACGCAGAAACGCCUCAGGACAAGAAGUGGGCCUGGGGCGCCCUGGCUGAAGGACCCAGGUCAGCGGUCACGCGAACCUGA